CCCGAAUCCCCUGCACUUUUGGUUCCAGACUUAACCCCCCCCAAUCUUCGUGCUUCCCUGCAUUCCUAUCCUCUCCAGGGCACAUCGAACACCUUCCGACAUUCAUCGAUUCAUUUGGCGACCUUGACAUUGCGCCUGAUCUUCUGGUCCUUAAUCCCGGUUUAAAAGCCCGGUUCGCACUCCGUCCCCGCGCGACAUCAUGCUUCAAACCUUGGCUGGGAUUUUCUCAUACGUCCGCCUGAAGUAUUGACCGGUGUGGUUCAUCGCCUUCCAAAUCGCAAAAUAUAUCCAGCCAAUUUUCAUCCAAAGAAUCUAUUCCGGACCCAAGAAAGACCACGUGACCGGCUGUCAAUUCUCUCGGCGAUUCGACCGGUGUGCUGUGGCGUUACCCCUCCAGGAACCAUCUAUCGUGGGAGAAAAAGACCAUGGAGACGCCUGGGUUUUCCCAGCUUGAUGAGGGCCUGUCGCAGGGCGAUAUCCCCCUUCGUCCUCAUACCGAUGGUCCAUCUAUUGUCGUGCCUACCGCGCAUCCGCCGGCUCUUCCGGGCACCUCGUCGCAUAACCCUCAGAAACCCAGAUUGGCCACCCGUCCCGCGCAUGCCGAAAAGAAGCAGCUUUUGUCCACGGGGAGCAGCAAAGUCGCCAUUCCUCGACAGCGUUCGGCUGCAGCACCGCGAUAUACCAGACGAGUUCCGCUGGCGUGUGAGUCCUGUAGACAACGGAAGACGAAAUGUAGUGGUGAUACACCCGUGUGUCGACAGUGCAAGGAGUUGAGGAUAAGUUGUCGGUAUCCGAUCUCUUGGCGGGAGCGGACGAAAGGGGAAUUGGAUAAACUUGCUGUGAGGGUUACGGACUAUGAGAACUUACUGCGAGAUCUUGGUACUAUUGUCGAUGGUCGGGCUGCGGAGCGUAUUAGGACGGUGUUGGAAAAGUCCCGUGAAGUCACUAACCCCGGCCAGCACUCCUAUAACGGCAGCGGUAGCGGUGAAGGCACUCAGUCCAGUUCGGUGACACCCCAGGACGAAGACAACGAUGAUGAGGUGACCUCUCCUUCGUCCAUCGGAUCUUUGGAUGCGAUCGAUCGGGUUGAGGAAGAUGUGAACCGCACUCCGAGUUCUAGAGCCACUGGUUAUAUGGGAAAGAACUCUGAAGUCACUUGGAUGCAGCGGGUGCGCAUGGAGGCCGAGCAUCGUGCUCGCAGACUGCCAGGCCCCUACGAGGCUGAACAUGAGGGCGAGUUUGCCAUUCACUCCGUCAACUACCAUCUAGACGACAUGGAUAUCUCUGUGCCAGGUCCUGUGCAUGUGUACUGGAUGCCGCCACGCAAGGUGGCAGAUAAAUUCUUCGAAGACUACCUCGAUACGGUCCACCCAUUUUAUCCUAUCAUCAGCCGGACCCUCUUUCGGGCGCAAUACAAAACGUUCUUCGAGAGCGCUGCACGGCCAGGGGACAAGUGGUUGGCUAUCCUGAACAUGAUAUUCGCCAUUUCCGCCAAGCAUGCCCAUCUUACGCGGGCCCCGUGGCGGGGUGAUGAAAAUGACCAUCUGGUGUAUCUGACGCGAGCUCGGAUCUUGAGCAUGAACGGCGACGUGCUUUUUAGUCACCCUGAUCUCCAGCAGGUGCAGGUUGAAGGUUUGAUUGCCUAUUAUCUACUUGCAUCGGACCAGAUCAACAGGGCUUGGAGAAUUGCUGCUUUGGCUGUUCGCUCCGCAGUCACUCUCGGAUUGAACAUGAAGAACUCCAGCGAAGGAACGGCCAACAUAUCCAAGGAGGCACGCUAUAGGGUGUGGUGGUGUCUAUACACGUUUGAGCACAUGCUGGGCAUCAUGACUGGCCGAGCUACAACCAUUACUGACGGUAUCUGUACUACGCCGUUCCCUCUCCCCUUUGAAGAAGAUCAAUUGGUGGAAGCCGCAGCGACCAAGCUUUUGAACGAGCCCGAACUACGCCAGGAGUACAUUGAUACGGCCCUCGCCUGCAUCUCUGUGCGGCAAAUGCCAUCUAAUCCCAAAGGGGGUCGAAACGCUCAGACGACAGAUAAACCGCGUGAUCCCGCAUGGCUGAGAAGCCUUCCGCCCUCAAGUGCUCUUGGAUUCCUGUACUACGUCGACCUUGCAGUUAUUUCGCAGGAGAUUGUCAACCGUGUGUACUCACUGGAUUGUGUUUCCAUUCCAUGGGGCCACAUUGAGAACCGCAUUGGUGAGCUGCGAGCCCGCACUGACGUGUGGUACGCCAAUCUCCAUGAGUCCUAUGAUUUCACUCGACGGGAAGACCAGCCAGCAGAUACCUUGCGUGGCAAGCUCUUCCUCGCCUUCCACUACUACAGCGCGCGAAUUACGCUAGGACGACCGUGUUUAUGUCGCCGUGACGCACGACAGACGGCGUCUAACAAGAAGGAGACAUUCAGCCAUGAGAUGGCGGUGAUAUCACUAGACUCUGCCCGAAAGAUGCUCGACUUGAUCCCUGAUGUGCCUGACGCUGUUCGUCUCUACGAUAUUUGCCCGUGGUGGUGUAUUCUGCACUAUCUUAUGCAGGCAACGACCGUGCUGCUGUUGGAGUUGUCUUUCGGCAGUAUUCAUAUGCCAGAUGAGGAGGUAAAUUUCCUACACGCUGCUAAAAAGGCUAUUCGCUGGCUCUUCGCAAUGUCUGAGAACAGUCUUGCAUCUCGACGCGCAUGGGAGUUAUGUUAUGGCAGCCUUCGGCAGAUUGCUGCAGGUAUGAGCUACGACAUUGGUGACUUGCCCGCGUGUGGCUUUGAGGCUCAGCCUCAGGCCCAGGAUCAGAGCCAGGCGCUCAACGGUACACAACCUGGCUAUUCGAACCAGCCGAAACAAUCCAUACAUGCGGGACCAACCUUCUACAACCUUGCGGCAUCAGACAUGAACAAUCCAGCCUCAGCUCCUCUUCAGAUGAAUCAGCAACCCAACAUGUUGUUCGCUCAGAUCGACCAGGCUUUCCAGGGCUUGGCGAUGCCAGCCUCCAACCCGUUGUCCACGAAUUCGGAGUUGAACUCCGGUCCCGGGGACUCGUAUUUUCCGUACGAUCCGAUCAGCGGGGAAUUUAUCCGCUCAUUCUUCCCUUCCUCUAACGACGAGGAGCCAUGGGGUGAAGCUAUGUUUAUGGCAUGUAUUUCUAUCUACGUCUACGAUAUCACGCAGGGCGACUGGUGUUUUAUAGGCUUUCGCUUCCCUCCAACAGCUUCCCUCAAAGUCGCCGGUUAUCGCCAGGCCUACGCCUUGUCCGCUCAGCUCGAGGAAUGCCGACCCAUCUCAAGGAUUAGACAUGCGCCACAGAACGUCCGUCCGACGGUCACAUCGAGAUUUGGAUAUCCUCCGCCCGCAGGUCUCCUCCGCUACCUCCCCCGUCGUGUCAUGAAAAGGUGCCUGAGUCCAGCUCGUCUGCCGUGCCUGGACCGCGGAUCUUCCUCCGUCCUCCACCCUUCGAUCCUCCGUCGUCUCAUCCCCCGACACACACUCGCGUCCGUAAGCCGGGGACCUUUCCCCGAUAGGCGACGACAAUGGAGUCGCCAAUUCUCCGUCGGGGCCGGUCCUCCGAUCAAUCGCCAAUUGCUGCAAGACUAUGUUAGGGUGGAAAUGAAGAGAUGUCCUAUCGCAGGACCAGAUCAGAGUAAUCCGGAGGCUUGGAUCUCAAGGCUGGAUCAGUACCUGCCAUCUUCGUUGCGGAGAGAUAGCGACGGUGGUCAUACAAACAUUGACGAUGUUUCGGAUGACAAAAUGGUUUGGACCGAUACAGCGGCUUAUUUUGCGCAGACGAUUGAAUUGGCUAAUUUGCUGCUGCAUGCGCGGGAUUCCGGGAAGAUGGAUUUGCUGGCGUAUGUUGGUUUCCGGUUGAAUAAUUGGCCCGCUGUGCAGUUCUUGAUUAAUCGUUUGCUUGAUGCCGCGGACUCUCUUAAGGAGGUUACGAUACCUUCUAGACCUUUAUCUAGUUAUGACUGGGGUCUGGGACAGGGGCUCUCGCUGGAUGAGCUUACGGAUAGGUCUGAGUCGCAGGCUCCGAAAAUUCCGCAGGCGGCUUCGAACGGCCUGCCGGCGUCGGAUAUGACGAGCUUGGAUGCUUUCACGGAGCGGCCGUAUGCGGAUGACCAUUCGAAACGACUUAUGGCUGAGGUGUGGCAGAGCUUGGGGUCUAUCGUGUUGGAGGCUGCUGACGCUUCGCCUAACGAGUCGAAGCUGGCUAUGUCUCAUGUGUUCCAGAUUUUAGCUCGGCUGCAUCACUCUGAUGCUAUCUCCGAUAGGGUGUAUAAGUACGUCCCGCCGGAUAGUUACCAAGCUACAUUCCGACCUCCGGGAAUGCAUCUGCUUUCCAGUCAUAUCAUGAGUGUCCUAUCUGAUGCUGCGUGGCUGGUUCAUGAAGCGGAGGUUGCUGCUAAAGCGGCGGCUGCCGGCGAGGAUUCGCCUUAUCUUCCAUUCAAAAUGGGGGUUCGUGAGCUCGGGCCUGAGAUCUGGCUGGAGUUUAUCCUCUGGUGCUGUGUUGAACAUGGUCACAUCGAGGAGGGAGUAUGGCUAAUUGAUCGAAUGACAAGCAAGACUGGAGAUCAGGCCUGGAAAUUUCAGAGCUGGAAGCCCUUACUCGAUGACUCUGGGUCGGUCUGGCAGACUAAAGUCGACCAGGAAGAGACUUGGCGACAGCCCGGCCACCAGGAGCGCUCUACGAUGCUGCGAAAGCGGCAUAGUCCGACGCCUUUCCACGGGCUCGGAAAGCGAACCAUGAGUACUGAAGUGGCCGCGGCCUUGUUGGAUAGCCUUCCCAAUCAGGUAUAUCUAGGCCUUGGUUUCAGAGGUAUGUCGCCGAGCGCCCUCUUGCGCUAUGCUUCCAGUCUCAAGUUCGCGAUUGCUCCGUCAACGGACGACGGCAAAUUACUGCCCACGCGCAGAACAUCGAACUGGUUCACCGUGCGGGUUGUGGAAUCAGGAGGCCUCAAACCGGAAGCCGACCCCCGGAUAUUCGAAGACUUCCUCAGGAUUACGCCGUGUGUCGUUCCGCCCUGGGAUACCGGCCUCCACCAUGUCAAUGAAGAUGCGUUGACGCGUAUGAGUCGGUCACAGCUAUACGAUGACACAGCUGCCUUGGUCGGUCUGGUUGAGUACAACAUCCGGUUCUAUUCGUCGAAGCGUUUCUGCGGUGACGCCCUGAACGCAUUCUCCUGGCUGCAAGCCAUCGUUGACAGCAGCAAAAUGCAGCGCAUCGACGAGUUCUUCUCUUCGCGCGUCGAUCGACCUGGCGUCGUCCUCCCUACCCUCGACCUUGAUGAUUUGAAUUCCGCCGAACCCUUCGAAUCAUCCAUGCCGCAACUGUCCAGCGUCACCCUGGCCGAGCUGAUCGACCUAAUCACCGUCUCGCGCGCCUUCACAUUCGGUAACUGGCUCUUCUACUCCGACGACAUCGAUGGCCCCCCAGUCCCUCCCCGCUCCUACGGCGACCAAGCCCUAGCUCCGUCCAUUAUCCGCUACGCUACAGCAACUCGGAACGCUGCCCUCUGCGACGCAGUCGUUCAAUCACUCUCCCAACCUCUCUCCUCCAACACCCUCCGCGCACUCCUCAACUCCCGCAUUGCCCUACAUCAAUGGGACGCAGUCACCAAACUCUUCGAAUACCUCCGCGACUACCGCGCCAAAUCCUGGGGCCAGAGCAACGCCACCGCGCUCGCCGCAGAGAUCAUCCGUCUCGAGCACACCAUCUACCGACAACAACCACCCCCCGACCCCUCAACCCUCCAAGAAACCAUCACCUCCCUCACCCGCGCCAAGGACCUCCUCUCCCGCCUCCUCACCGGCGUCUACAACGAACCCACCCACAUCGCCACCUCGCGCUUCCAAGAACGCGCCAUUUCCGGCCUCCACAACAUCUUCCUCUCCAUCCCAGGCACCCUCCACGACCUCGCCGCCUCCCUCUCCAACACCCUCCCCCACAACAAAACCACCAUCAGCACCACCAAUAAUACCUCCCACAACGCCAUCCCCUACAUCCCCACAACAGCCUUCCACACCCUCCUCUCCGCAAUAGUCGACACCCGCGGCAGCGCCGCCGGCCAACGCUUCUACGACAAAUGGUGUCUCGACACGAAGUCCCCCACCUCGCGCCGUCUCCAAGAAGGAGGCAUCGAGAGAUUCUAUCUUGGCAAGGAGCGGAACCCCGCGAAGGGCGAUCCGCACUUCGAUGCCAAGUACUUCAAGCGUGCGAGGGAGAAGGCCACGAUGCCGAAUCCCAUGACGGUGCGGAUUAUCGCGCAGGCUGCUGUGGCGGAGUUUGAUGCGUUUGAAGGUCAGGGUGGUGUGAAGAAUAAUCCUGCUGAAGAGGUUCUGGAUUUCUGUAUCAAGAGGUUUGAGGCCUUUGGGAUGCGGAGACGUGAGAUUAAUCGCGAGGUUGGGGGGAUUGUGUAUAGGAGACGGAGGGAGGGGGGCAAGUUGAGGAGGGAGAUGGAGAGGAAGCAGAAGGAGAAGGAGAAGGAGAAGGUAGAUGCUUUGGCUGCUUGA